AUGGCUAGUUCGGAUCGACUAGUGAAGACUCCCAGAAUCGUGAUCCAGUACUGCACCAAAUGCAAAUGGACGAAUCGUGCGAUAUGGUACACUCAGGAGUUGUUUCAGACGUUUGCAGAUCCAGCAGUAGACAUUGCCGAGAUUGCCCUACAGCCGAUUGUGGAUAAACCGGGCACAUUUCAGGUAUUGCUUCAAGUGGACGACGAGGUCACCACAGUCUUUCGAAGGAAAUUCAAAAAAUCGCAGAAUCAAAGCUACAACGCCGGUACCGGUGGAGGUGACGGUGACGGUGACGGUGACGGCAGCGACGAGUACGACGGGUUCCCCGAUGCUAAGUUUUUGAAGGCGUUGGUGAAGGAGAAAUUGAACAAGAUGAAGCAAAGGCAAAUGGGGGCGGACCAGCUGCAGGAAGUGAAAGUCGGGGACCAUCUACUGGGCAAGGGCAGUUUGUUGAAUGAGGGAGGGGUCAAGCUUGCUGGUGACGCCGAUGACAACGCAUGUGCCGCAUGCAAGAAAGAAGGUGCUUGA